UUCAUUUCCAGGCUCUCAGCAGCAGCAGCAGCUCCCGGCGGUUGUCUGUCGGCUCCGCUUCGCUCCUGCAGUGUCUGCUCUGGGACUGACUGCUGUGGAUGUGACCUUAUCAUAGGAGGAAGUGGUGACGGCCCAGACCCGCGUGUGCCCGGCAACCUCCCUCACCUGUGUGCCCGGCAUGAUGGAAACAAUGGGGAUACGAGGCAAGGGGCUGGAGACUGCGCAGCCUGAGGAAGAGGAGGAGGAGGUGGACCCCAGAAUACAGGGAGAAUUGGAGAAGCUGAAUCAGUCCACUGAUGAUAUCAACCGGCGAGAAAUCGAACUUGAGGAUGCCCGACAGAAGUUCCGUUCUGUGCUGACAGAAGCCACUGUGAAACUGGAUGAGAUGGUGAAAAAAAUAGGAAAAUCUGUGGAAGAUUCCAAACCCUAUUGGGAAGCCAGGAAAGUGGCUAGACAGGCUCAGUUGGAAGCACAGAGGGCAACACAAGAUUUCCAACGUGCCACAGAGGUUCUCCGAGCAGCCAAGGAGACCAUAUCGCUAGCAGAGCAGCGGUUGUUAGAAGAUGACAAGCGGCAGUUUGAUUCUGCUUGGCAGGAGAUGCUGAACCAUGCCACGCAGCGGGUUAUGGAAGAAGAACAGAAGAAGACUCGCAGUGAACUAGUGCACAAAGAAACCGCUGCCAAAUAUAAUGCAGCCAUGGGAAGAAUGAAGCAGUUAGAGAAGAAAUUAAGGAGAAGCAUAAACAAAUCCAAGCCCUAUUUUGAAAUGAAGGCAAAGUAUUAUUUGCAACUCGAGCAAUUGAAGAAAACUGUAGAUGACCUUCAAGCCAAGCUGUCUCUGGCAAAGGGUGAAUACAAGACUGCCCUGAAGAAUCUCGAGAUGAUCUCUGAUGAGAUACAUGAACGGAGGCGAUCUUCAGCUAUGGGUCCCAGGGGUCGUGGGGUCGGCGCUGAGGGUAACAGUUCAGCAGAAGAUCUCUCAGCGUGUAAACUGGAAUCAGACACCAUUUCUAUGACCUCUGAGGUGUUUGAAGAUGACAAUCUCAGCAGUUUGGUUUCAGAAGAAGACUCUGAGACUCAGUCUUUAUCAAGCUUUAGCUCGGGCCCAACAAGUCCCUCAGAAGUUCUCAGUCCUUUCCCUCCUGCAAACCGACCUGGCAGCUUAGAUUUGUCCAGCCCCAUGUCCCUUUCUGAGUUUGGGCUGAUAUCUCCUGUCCUUGGUCCUCGAAGUGAAUGCAGUGGGGCAUCUUCACCGGAGUGUGAUGUGGAAAGGGGCAGUCGGGCAGAAGGCUCAGAAAACAAAGCUCAGGACAGAAUAAAUAACAACAGCAGUAACAUUAUCAAAUCCCGAGCUUUACCUGUGCUGGACAACAAGAUGAAGCGACUGUCUUUGGAGCGUACGGACAUUGAAAACAGUCCAGACAUAAAGUGUACGCGCUCGCAGUCCCUCGCUUCCUCAGUGCUGGUCAAUGCAGUGUGAACAAUGUGACAUACGGAUUACAGAGCAGACUGUCUGUGCCAACAACCUCCUCUCAGCACAUGCUGUGCCUACUGCUGGGACCUAACCCGGUUUGAAGGAUGGAUGCGUGGCAUGAGCUGGUGUGACGAAGCAAGUACAGAUGGCUUUGCCAGCAGGCGACUACUAUACUGUUUUCUGCCCUAGUUCAACAUACUGUAUAUCCUGAAACUAGGGAUGAAGAGCAAGAUCUCUAGAAUUCGAGCAAUAAUUGAAGCAAUGCAUCUGAGAGUCUUUGCCAAAUGGGAGAAUUCCCAAAAUGAGUGUUUGUAACAAGUUUUUCUGUUACUCGAGUCUUUGCAAUGUAUUACUGUAUUUUAGAGUGGUGACGGAGAGAUUCUGCAGUCCAGUGUAUAAUAUGCACCUAUGUCACCGUCAUGUUACACUCCAAUGUCAACUAGAACCUUAUUAGCUGCAUUAUAUACACAGUUUUCUUGAAAUUGUCCUUUUAUACAUAGAUGCAAUUAUCACCUGCCAUUGGUCCUCCAAAAAGCCUAGCCAUAACCAUCCCUGUAGCUAUUCCAUCUUAUUUAUACCCACUAGUUUAGGAAAUGAAACCUGGUGGUUGUAUAUAACUCAAUAGUCCUCUUUAGUCGGCAUCCACGAGUUACUCCAAAACUGUCCAAGCUAGUUUUUCUAUCCGUUAUAUAUCCACUUAUAUGUGCUGCAUCAGCAUUUUCACAUAUGGUCACCUGACCAUAUUAUUGACAUACCUUGUUGAAGCACAUACAUCCAUUUAAGAAAAAAAUCCUAUUCCGAAAAUUGCACUUUGUUAUAUAUAAUUAAAUGAAUUAUCUGUUGCCUGCCAUAUUAAGUGAUGACCGUGUAUUCACCACUAUGUUUAAAUGACUUGAACCAUGUGCCAACUUCCCAUCCAUGAUAGCUAUGUUUUUGUUUUU